GAAGAAGGUGACCAAACUGAAGCAGGCUGCCGAUGCGACACACGUCUUUGCUCUGCUGAGAAGCGGGAGCUCGCCCGGCAUCAUGUAUGUCGAAGGGAAAGAGGAUGGUGUCAGGCAAUGGGUCGAUUCAGUUCAUAAUCUACGCUACAAGGACUAUCAACUAGUUGCACGUCCAGCAGCCGUGCAGCAUGAAAAUCAGCCCACCAAAGAAUCACAAGUAAGACCUGGUCUGUAUGAGACAGAUACGGUGAGCGACUUUGGCAGACAGCUGCAGGACCGCGGUGUAUAUGCUUGGUGGCGCAAAGCUAUGGGUUAUGCGAAGGACUACUCGAAGCAUCAAAGUCUGCCCCUCAUGUCAAGAUGCAAGCUACCCCACGGCGUUCAUGUGCCAAGACGGGUUCACACCGCUGCUCGAUGGAGGGGUGACGAGGCAGGGGCGGGCUCCGCUGUUGAAACGGAGCCUCAAUCUAUUGCAGGUCUGGUCGUAGCUUCCAAUCUCGAAAACCUCCUGCCCAGCAUCGCCCCUUCUUGUACUCACACAAUGGCAGCAUUCCCUCCCGGCGGCACUUUCUUCGACACCUUGAAGCGUAGCUUCUCAGACGUUCCUAUCGACAAUGGCAAGAUUGCCACCACUCAGUUCCUCGAGGCUGCCGAGGGUUUGACCACUCUCUUCGGUAUGCAUGUCCAAUCAAUGAAUACUCUAUAUUCUAACAAGGCCANNGAUGUCCUCGGUUCCGCCGCCUUCAAGCCCGUCAAGUCGGACAUGGUUGGCAACAUCAAGGUAUUGCUUCUGCUCUCGACGGGUCUGCUCGNNAAAAUCCGUGACCGCCAACUCGCUGCUCCCGUCGACUCGGAGACUCUCCAAGACCUCGUCCGCAACGAGCUCGCAACCAAGAAGCACGUCGCAACAGAAGGUCUUGUCUGGCUGAACCGUGCUCUCGACUUCACCGCCCAGGCUCUUCGCCAGAACCUGACCAACAGCGGCGAGGAGGUCAGCGUCUCAUUCCGCGCCGCCUACGGCAACACUCUCAGCAAGCACCACAGCUUCAUGAUUAAGCCCAUCUUCAGCGCUGCCAUGAGCGCAACCNCCUACCGCAAGGACUUCUACGCCAAGCUCGGUGACGACCAGGCUCGUGUUGAGAAAGAGCUCGGUGCUUGGUUGAGCAGCCUGGAGAACAUUGUCAAGAACCUGAACGAUUUCUUGGCCACAAAGGAGGCCAAAUGG